CGCGUGCUGCAGAAAUGGCGUGACCGUACAGAGUCUCGGAGGAGUCGGAGAUCCCAUGGAGUACGUCGACGACGACCGUCGCCGCUUCCUCUUCCAAGCGCGCGCGAAUCCUCCCCCUCCUCCGCCGCCGCCGCCGUCGUCGUCUUCUUCUUCUUCGGCCUCCGGCCAACGGCGGCAGCUGCCCAAGCCCUUCCUCGUCGCCACCACCGCGCUCUCGGCCGUCCUCGUCUCUCUCGCGCUCCUCUACGCCCACUCCGAGCCCUCCCGAUCUCUCCUCCUCUGGCUCUCCCUCUCGCUCCUUGUCGGCCCCUUCGCCCCGUCCUCCCUCACCGGCGGCUCCGUCCGCGUCGGCCACGGCCCGGUCGUCGAGUUCCCCCCGGAUCUGCAGCCCCAGGUCGUGGAGGAAGCGAAGAAGAAGCCGUCUCAGAAGCGGCCGAAAGGGCAGCCGCCUCCAGGUAAUAACGUUGCGGUUUCGCCGCCAAUUGCUGAAAUUGAUAGUCAAUUGGGGAAGAAGAUCGAGGGAAAUGGUGUAGCGGUUCAGGGGAAGAGUGAUCUAGGGUUUCGGGAGGAGGAGAAGGGGAAGGAGAAGGAUUGGAGUGAGGAUGAGAUCGAGCUCUUGAGGAAGCAGCUGGUGAAGCAUCCGGCGGGGAAGCCGAGGCGGUGGGAGAUAAUCGCGGAGUCGUUCAACGGGGGUCACAGAGUGGAGAGUGUGAUCAAGAAAGCGAAGGGAUUGGCCGAUAAGAAGUCGAGCGACAAGGACUCGUACGCGCAGUUCUUGAAGAACAGGAAGCCUCUGGACGAGAGGCUGAAUGAGGGGGAGGAUGGUAGUGGCAGCGGCGAGGUCAGGAGAGAGAGCGAAUGGAGCAGCGCGGAAGAUGUUGCGCUGCUCAAUGCGUUGAAGGCAUUUCCAAAGGAUACGCCGAUGAGGUGGGAGAAAAUCGCGGCUGCUGUUCCGGGGAAGACGAAGGUGGAUUGUGUCAAGAGGGUGUCGGAGCUGAAGAGGGAUUUUCGGAGUUCGAAAGCCGCCAAAGAGGGACAGAUGGAAGAAUGAGGAUCGGUAGGUUUCGAUCAAUUUUGACUUCGAUUUACCAUUGUUUGAUUCAGCAGAUUGAGUUCUUGACUGGUUUGUUGUAGCCAGAUUAGAGGAUCGAAUAAGAUAGUGAUCAUGAGCAUACAGUCCUGUUGGAAUUUCUAUACACCAUACACUCCCAAUAAGAUGGGCAUGUUGUUUUGCCGCUAAA